CUCAAACGAUUCUUACAGAUCCGCCCAGGAAGUGGCAAACAGGGCGAGAGUGCAGAACGAAAAACAUCGUAACAAACGUCCAGAAAGUUGUGAAAUUGUGGCUUUCAAGAGUUGUCUAUGAUCUUCAGUUUCUAUUGAAAUAGUCCAUGGAAAAGAGGUUUGAGCAAUAAGAUACGGUUCACCGACCAAGAUGGGUAGAAAUGGCGGGGUUUGUUUUAGUUUCGCAUAGCCUUCCGCUAUGCAUACGAGUUUUUACGCGAACGGAUCAGCAGGUAGAAAAACUGAGGCAAUAAUAAUUCUACCCCGAUCACAUUGGUACCAAAUAAACUUGUUGGACGAGUAGGCUAUUACAAUAUUUUUAUUUGAAGUGUUUUCUUAUUUUUCUCUCAACUGCCUCCUGGGUCCUACUAACAUGACGCCCGACCUCCUUAACUUCAAGAAGGGAUGGAUGUCAAAACUGGAUGAGAAUGGAGAGUGGAAGAAGCACUGGUUUGUGCUGACCGAUGCUGGUCUGAGGUACUACAGAGACUCUGGGGCAGAGGAGAAGGAUGAUCUGGAUGGGGAGAUUGACCUGAAGUCCUGUGUAAAAGUGUCUGAGUUUGAUGUAGAGAAGAACUAUGGAUUUCAAAUACAGACGAGGGAGGCAGUUGUCACACUGUCAGCUAUGACUGCAGGGAUCAGGAGGAACUGGAUUGAGGUUCUGAGGAAGAGUGUUCGGCCCAGCAGCUCUCCAGACCUUACACAACUGCCUGACAGCAGUAGUGACAAGGAGAACUCUCGCUCCCUGGCCUCCACUCGUCGACCACCUUCUCACCACGGGGAUGCUGGAUCAGAAAUCACCACCUCCACCGGACGCCGAUUUGACUGUGUCGAGCUGUCACCAGUGCCCGUCCCCACUAGCCCUCUGCCAGCCACUCAGAGAGAGGCAGGGGAGGGGCAGGGCAGGGAGCACGCCCAAUGGCAGGAGGAGAGGAACAGAGACGGGACCAGUAGCACAUGGGAGCAGGUGCUGUUGAGGAAAGGGCCAGGUGUAGGCUCAGAUCCCAGGAUAAGAGCAGAGGAGGACAUUGAGAAAAAGUGGGCAGAGUUUGAGCGACUGCCACUAAAGGAGAUGAGGUCACUACUGCCAAUGGGCUCACGGUCCAGCCAUCCAGCCAAUGAGGCGCUGCAGAGGGAGGUGGCGUCUCUGAGGCAGCAGCUGGAGCGUUUGCAGGGAGAAGGAUGGGGUGGGGGGACGGUGGGGGGAGGUAGCUGUGGUCGGGAGGCUACGUGCGGCCGCAGCCUUCAGGCCAUGGAGCGGGCCCACAAACAGGCCCUGGAGGAGCUGCAGAAGCAGCAUGCCCGCGAGACCCGGGAGCUGGAGAGGGACAGGGACCGGCUGCUGCGGGAGGAGACCCAGGACACAGCACAAGUUAUGGAGACACUGAAGAAGGCCCACAGGGAGGAGCUGGAGAGAGAGGUGGAGAAGGCAAAGAGGCUUGGUGGAGGGAGUGCCAACACACAGACCCUACGCACACAGCAGCAGGUAGAGACCCAGGCCCUGCAGAGGGAGCUGUCCAGCCUGUCUGAGAGGUACUCCCAAAAGUGUCUGGAGCUGAACAGGGCUGAGCAGAGCAACGGGGAGAGGGAGAAAGACAUCACUCGCAAGGAGAGCGAGCUGGAGCAGCUGAGGAAAGAGAACCAGGACCUACAGGCCCGUUUGAUGGAGGAGAUCAGCCUCAUGCGCUCCAUUGUCACGGGCCAGGGGUCGGAGGGCGUUUCCCAUGACAACCAGGACAGGCCGUCCUGUGAGCUGGAGGUUCUUCUCAGGGUGAAGGAGAAUGAGGUGCAGUACUUGCACAAGGAGAUCAGCUGUCUGAGGAACGAACUGCAGUUCCUGAACACGGAGAAGCAGUCGGCCUGUGAGCGGUAUAAAGAGGUGCACAGGGAGCUGAGUGGUAUGAAGAGCAGGAGCGAGCGGGAGAUCCAGAGCCUUAGGGAGCACCUGAGAUUGGCCAUGGUUGCCCUGCAGGAGGGCCAGAAACUAGGCAACAGCCUGGAGCACUGAGACACCGCCCCUGGGGCUCUGCUCAGAGACACAUUGAGAGUCGUAUGGGCACAAUGGUGACUGAGAUAGGAGAGGAGCAGAAGUCUUCACACCAGAAGAUGCCGGCUAGGGGGACCAUGAUAGUGCCUUAGCUUUCAAUCAUUCAGCCAAUGAGCAGCAUAGACUAGGAUCAGUUGAUCGGUCAUAUUACACUGGGUCGCGCAAAUUUUAAUCUGCACUUUUUAAACUUUAUUUUCCUAUUGUGGAUGUGCGAGAGUGAGUGAAUGAAAAUAUUGGUCUGAGUAACUGGAUUAUUUGUGGAAGGUUGCUCUGAUGUAUUUGUGACCUGAAACAGUACUGGAUUACCUUUCUCUGCAUACCUACCUACAUGUAGACACUGUUUACAUGUUGACAGUAGCCAACAUACAAACAGUUGGUCUACAUGUUGGCUACUGUCAAAAGCUGUAUAAGGAAGGAGGAUAUACUUUUCGCCAAAAACAAAACUAUUUUCAUCUCAGAGCAUGGAUUUGUACAGACCAAUGAGUCAUUCCAUGUCAGUUCAGCAAGCCAUGACACCCACCAUCUCAGAUUGUUCCGAAAUCGUUUCUGUAGUUGGCAACGGUUAAGAUUGGCAUUCAUUAAACAUUAUUUUGUUGAAACUUAAUUUGAUCUCAGAGAAUUUAAGGUAAUUGAUUGCACCCAAAUGUGCCUCUUUUUUUUUAUAGGAUUCAGAUAAUAUUCAAUAAACAUAGUACCCAACAUCCUAUGUGGACCAAACUUAUUCCAACUAAUGAGUAAGACAUGAGGAAUCUCUUAACAUUGUCAAAAGCCACCCACGGACCCACCACACCCCAUCCCAAUCCAACCCCAACAACCAGUAUACAGUAUCAGUUCUCUAUGUUUAACAAGUAGUAUGAAGCUGCGGCUUGGAGUAUUGCUUCUCCAUACUAUGUAAUGUAUUCCUUAUGAAUCUGGUGACGUUUUUCUUCCCCCCUGUUCAGAGAAAUUAAUAAUUGAAGUCGCUAGCAUUAUUUACCAUAAAGUAGUGUGAAAGUACCAGGUUUUGACCAUUAGAUAUCGCUGUUCCUGCUAUACUGCCGCACUCUUUUAUCCAUUUUGCUGGUGUCUUGUGUUUAUUAAAUAGAUUACAACAUUUCCUUUGGAACUUUGGGUAGAAAACCAGCCAGUCCUCCAUGAAAGCAAUUCAGUUUGUCAUUUUAUGCUUAAUAUGUGUCCAUGAAACGCCCCCCUUGUGUGUGAUUUAUUCCCUUCAAAAAAGGUCUGGAUUAGUUACUGUUAGACCAUUCCUGGUGAACAAGAAAACCAUUAAGCUAUAGCAGUUCUAAUGGUUUCAAUGUUACGGUCUUCAAUGGUAAAAGUCCCAAACAUACACUGUAUAGUGUUUUGUAAUGGUAUUGGGUUGGAUUUAAUGCUAAAUGUCACUAAUCACAAUGCUGUUAUCUAAUAAUUUUAUUGAAAAACAUGACUGCCAUUCAAUGUAUUUUAUUAGGGUUGUCACAUUUUAGUCCCUAGCCCAUUUCGCCAUCAACGCUUUGGGCUUGUAGAAAAUGUAUUCAUAUGAGAAUUGCACCAUAUGGAUAGCCCUCUCAGAAAGCUGCCACUUGUUGGAAUAUUCAAGAAGACUUGUUGAACAUAGAUAACUGAAACUGUAUACUGGUUGUUGGGGUGGUAUUGGCAUGGGUUGUGGGGGUUCCGUGGGUGGCUUUUGACAUUUUCUGGGUGUCUUACUCAUUGGUAGGAAGAAGUUUAGUCCAAUUUGGGCGCAAUCAAUUAGCGUCAUUUAUGAGAUGAAAUUAUAUUUAAACAAAAUGUUUCAGGAAUCUUAAUCGUAUCUCUUACUAACUACAGAAACGAUUUCAUAACAAUUUGAGACGGUGGGUUUCAAUCCUCUUUCUUGUGCUUUUUGAGGUGGAACGACCCUAAUGUUGUAUAUCAACAAUGGUUGCGCUCAGUGAUUGUUGUCAUUGUUAAAUUUCUACUAAGCAAACCUAUUUGUCGCUUUAUUCAGUGUAAUAUCAUCUUACAAUGUAGGUCUCCAUUGUGAACAUAAACUUUAUAACUAUUUACCAUUGGGAUUGAUACAGAGAAAGUGACAUUCAUGGCUUGUUACUGUAAAUUCCUGGGAAGCCAAAUUGGAAAUCACAAUCAUUCCUCUAGUGUGUAGAUAGAAGUCAUCUGAAUGUGUGCUUUUUGUUUUAUAUAGUGCCUUCUGUGACUGGAGAAUUGCUUGUAGAAGUUUGAUGAAAUUUUGUCGUCUUGCAAGGAUUCUUGAUUUUUGACUAAGGCUAAGAAGCUGCAUGUUGCGAUCCUUUCCCAACCUCCACCUCCAAACAUUGUGUAGGCAUGAUUGUUUGUGCCACAAAAAUGUCUAGCGUCAAUGAGCCAAUGUUUUUUUGUAUCAUGUGUUUUGUGACGAGAUGAUAAAGUAGACAACUAUCUUUUGACAAUGUUUUUAAUAUUUAAUGUAGGGCAUGCAAUAUCUUUGUAAAGUACCAUCCUUUUACAAGCAAUAAAAUGCAUGUUAAUACA